CCACCAACAGCUCGCCGAAAGGUGGCAACGCUCGCUAACAGACCGAGAGCGCCACUAACAAAACAAACAUUUUGCUAUUUCAUCGCGAGCGGGACUGUGUUGCGUCGUGUGAUCGCUCGAGCGGUUGUGGAAUCGGAUUCGAGCGGAAAACACCGUUCAUGCUGUGAGCGAAAAAGAGUGGUAGCGCUGACAGUGGCAAGUGUAGUUAAAUUCGUGAAUAAGUGAUUAAGAACAUAAGUGAAAAAUCCGAUAUUUGUCGUGCAAUUAUUUCCUCGAUUGGCAUUGAGUGGCUUCCAGUCGGGCACAUAUUGCACAAGAAAUGUUAUACGCAGAAUGUGCACGCAAAUUAAACAAAUUCUUUAUGAAAAUGUGACUAGAAUGUGAGUCAAACAAAACGAGUACAACGUUAAAUCCCAACUGGCUUUUGGGUGACAAAUCUUAUCAACACAGCAACAGAAAUACACAACAAUCUUGAUAGACUGAGAAAGGGACAAUUGGAAUACUUUUACUUAUUUUUAAAUGUUUUACGACACAAUGGAACUGCAUCAACGACACCUCUCAAACUUUUACAAAUUGCACAACUGAGAAAUAGUCUUUGAUAAAUAAAAUAGUCUUUGACUAAAUAAAUAAAAUAUAAGAAAUCGGUAAUUAAACAAGAUGCCAAACAUGUCCAGCAUCAAAGCGGAACAGCAAAGUGGUCCUAUUGGAGGAAGCAGCGGCUAUCAAAUACCGGUCAACAUGUGCACCACCACAGUCGCGAGUACGACGACCACUUUGGGAAGCUCCGCCGGAGGAGCCGGAGCCACUGGCUCCCGGCACAACGUGUCCGUGACAAACAUCAAGUGCGAACUAGACGAACUACCGUCACCCAACGGAAACAUGGUGCCGGUUAUCGCAAACUACGUUCACGGUAGCUUGCGCAUUCCACUCAGUGGACAAUCAAAUCAUAGGGAGUCCGACUCGGAGGAGGAGCUGGCGAGUAUUGAGAACUUGAAGGUUCGGCGAAGGACGGCGGCGGACAAAAAUGGUCCUCGUCCAAUGUCCUGGGAGGGCGAGCUGAGCGAUACUGAGGUCAACGGGGGCGAAGAGCUGAUGGAAAUGGAGCCCACAAUUAAGAGUGAGGCGGUCCCUGCUGUUGCACCCCCACAACCCGACUGCGCACUACAACCGAUAAAAACCGAGCUAGAGAACAUUGCAGGCGAGAUGCAGAUUCAAGGAAAGUGUUACCCCCAGUCCAACACACAACAUCACGCUGCCACAAAAUUAAAAUUGGCCCCGACUCAAAGUGAUCCGAUCAAUCUCAAGUUCGAACCGCCUCUGGGAGACAAUUCGCCACUACUGGCUGCACGUAGCAAGUCCAGCAGUGGAGGCCACCUACCACUGCCCACGAAUCCCAGUCCCGACUCCGCCAUACAUUCCGUCUACACGCACAGCUCCCCCUCGCAGUCGCCUCUGACGUCGCGCCACGCCCCCUACACUCCGUCUCUGAGCCGCAACAACAGCGACGCCUCGCACAGUAGCUGCUACAGCUAUAGCUCCGAAUUCAGUCCCACGCACUCGCCCAUUCAAGCGCGUCAUGCCCCACCCGCCGGCACGCUCUAUGGGAACCACCAUGGUCUUUACCGCCAGAUGAAGGUGGAAGCCGCAUCCACUGCGCCGUCCAGUGUGCAGGAGGCGCAGAACCUGAGUAUGGACUCUAGCAAUCUGGAUACAGUGGGCUUAGGAUCUUCGCACCCCGCAUCUCCGGCGGGCAUAUCACGUCAGCAGUUGAUCAACUCGCCCUGCCCCAUCUGCGGUGACAAGAUCAGCGGAUUUCAUUACGGGAUUUUCUCCUGCGAGUCUUGCAAGGGCUUCUUCAAGCGCACCGUGCAAAACCGCAAGAACUACGUGUGCGUCCGUGGUGGACCAUGUCAGGUCAGCAUCUCCACGCGCAAGAAAUGUCCCGCCUGCCGCUUCGAGAAGUGUCUGCAGAAGGGAAUGAAACUAGAAGCGAUUCGGGAGGAUCGAACCCGUGGCGGCCGCUCCACAUACCAGUGCUCCUACACGCUGCCCAACUCAAUGCUCAGUCCGCUGCUUAGUCCUGAUCAAGCGGCAGCAGCUGCCGCCGCAGCAGCAGUGGCAAGUCAGCAGCAACCGCACCAGCGACUACAUCAACUAAAUGGCUUUGGAGGUGUACCCAUUCCCUGCUCUUCCUCUCUUCCAGCCAGCCCUAAUUUGGGAGAAACAUCGGUCAAGUCGGAAGAGAUGGGGGAGACGGGCAAGCAAAGCCUCCGAACCGGAAGCGUACCACCACUACUGCAGGAAAUCAUGGAUGUAGAGCAUCUGUGGCAGUAUACCGAUGCAGAGCUGGCCCGCAUCAACCAACCAUUGUCCGCAUUCGCCUCUGGCAGCUCUUCUUCGUCAUCAUCGUCAGCCACAUCCUCAGGCGCCCAUGCACAACUUACCAAUCCACUACUGGCUAGUGCUGGUCUCUCGUCCAAUGGCGAGAAUGCCAAUCCUGAUCUAAUCGCUCAUCUCUGCAACGUGGCUGAUCACCGUCUUUAUAAGAUCGUCAAAUGGUGCAAGAGCUUGCCGCUUUUUAAGAACAUUUCGAUCGAUGACCAAAUCUGCUUGCUCAUUAACUCGUGGUGCGAGCUGUUGCUCUUCUCCUGCUGUUUUAGAUCAAUUGAUACUCCUGGAGAGAUUAAAAUGUCACAAGGCAGGAAGAUAACCCUAUCGCAGGCCAAAUCAAAUGGCUUGCAGACUUGCAUUGAACGGAUGCUCAACCUAACAGAUCACCUAAGGCGAUUGCGCGUUGAUCGCUACGAAUAUGUUGCCAUGAAAGUUAUUGUCCUGUUGCAGUCAGAUACGACAGAGUUACAGGAGGCGGUAAAGGUGCGCGAGUGUCAGGAAAAAGCAUUACAGAGCUUGCAAGCUUACACCCUGGCACAUUAUCCCGACACGCCGUCAAAGUUUGGGGAGCUUUUGCUACGCAUCCCUGAUUUGCAGAGAACGUGCCAGCUUGGCAAGGAGAUGUUGACGAUCAAGACUCGCGAUGGAGCUGAUUUCAAUUUGCUAAUGGAGCUUUUGCGCGGAGAGCAUUGACAAUUGAUGACUAAGACGGAAAUCUUUUACCAUUGGCAAAACAAGUUUUACAUAUUUAGUAUUAGAUAUAUAUAUAUUCUAGAGAUAAGAUCCUUAUUGUAAGUUCUGAAAUCAUGUGCCUAAAAACCAAAGCCACGAUAGCAGUCACAUCAGGCCCACUGGUCGAGAUUAAAUCCAAGAGCAAGAUUGCCAAAUUUUUACACCAAUAUAUAUUUUGAUAUGAGCCAUGUGCAGAGCCACAGAUCGCUGUUGUUGUCGGCUAAAGUUUCAGUAAGAAAAGUAUAUAUUGAUUUUGCUAUUUAUACAUAUUUGACUUAUGUAUAGUGUUAACUAAAGCACACAUGGAAAAUGAAAAGACUAAACAAAUUUAUUUAAAAAUUACUUUUACUAUUAUAGAAGGGGAAAAAUAAAAAUCACAAAGGCAGAGAAGAAAAUUUAGUUACAACAGGUAGCACCAUUAUUAUAUUUUCUUAUAUAAGAAAAUAUUUAAUGUAUUUUAAAUAAAAAGCUGAAUUGGGUUGAGGAAGAGCUACUAAAAUUUUUGAUAAUAUAUCUAUAUAUUCAUUAUUAGAAGACGAAUGAAUGUAUCCAAUGUUUAAAUGUUGUAGCGUUUAGUUUUAGUGCAAUUUCACACAUGUCUACAUACAUGAAUAUUCAGCGAGAUAUGUCUCCAAACUAUUAUAAAGCAAAAGACCACUCGAAAUCGCCAUCACUGGUUGGCUAAGACUAUUCCAGUUAUGCUGUUUGUUGCAUAAAAAACCACAACUACAUACAUCAAUUAAAUGUAUAAUUUUAUAUUGGAGUUUUAAAUUUGUAUUAAUUUCUUCCUUAUUAUUACGAUUAUUAUUAUUACGAAUUUUAUGAUUAUUAUGUAACACUGACUUAAAUAGCUGAAGAAAAUCCUGCAACAGGAUUUAAAACACCUGAAUACACAAAACAUUAUAACAUGAAUACUUUUUGCUUAUAGCCUAGUUAGUUUGAUAUGUCCUUUGCAUAUGUAUGCAUAUGUCUAUAUGUGAGUACGUACUAUAAAAAUGCCUGUCCCACCAGAAAAAUCACACGCAAUAAAAAAUUCCAAAAUACUAAACUCGUAUCUACAAAGAAAGAUUAAAAGACAAAUUAAUGAAUAAAAAUAAGUUGUCGGAACAUAUUUUCAACACAUCGUUUAUGGAUAUGCUUUGCUAACACUUUCAGUUUAAAAAUCAUUUUCUGUUAAACUUUCUAUAUAAUAAGUUCUCCAUCCGAUUUUGUAUUAACAAUUUGUUUCUUUACUUUUCCUUUAUCAUUUGUAUCUAUGAAACAUGAGGAUCUCAGUUCAUAUUGAUCGUGUUCUUCUACCGUACACCGCUUCUGUCCGUUAAUGUAAACCAUAAGUAUAAAUGAAAUUAGUUAAAUGUUAAUUUAUAAAUAAAGCGCUAAAAUAAAUUUCGAUACAUUUACCAUAGUUAACUGAUUAAGACCACUAAAAUCAAAAAUAUUUUUUUACUAAGCAAAGCACACGGAAACAAUUUAUAAUUUGUUUUACGUUAACAGCAAACUCAUUUUUUGUAAUUCUGUAUGAAUACACAAAGUGACUCAAUUUUUCCUCUGGUGCAUUGCUUAAAUAGUUAAAGUAAAUGAAUAAACCAAUAGCGCAAUAUUUAAUGUGAAACAGUUUUCCUUUAGUGUGAUGUUUGCUCUAGCUACGUACAAAUUCAUCAUUUAUUAAAUUUAAAACUUCAUUUUCCUUUUUAAUAAAUUUAAUAAGUAAAAUUCAACAAUAAUUGAUAUACAAUUGAAUUAAAUUGUCCAUGCAAUAUUUUGUAAUAAAAAUGCGAAAAAUCAA